CGACGCUGGCAGUGGGUUGUCAGCUGACGCGCAGCGAGGUCGGAAAUGCCUGGAGGUCGGCUGCCGUGUCAGCGCAGGACGCUACGUGUGGUGGGGCUGACUUGUCUGGGUGCCACUAUCGCAGUUGUGUUCGCGCUCUCCAUCUCCCUUGGGCGCACGGAGAAGCAAUCCUACAGUUCGUUGAAACUCGUGUCUAUUAUUUUCCGCCAUGGAGACCGCACACCAACGGACACUUAUCCAGAGGAUCCUUACAAUGACGAUAAGUACUGGCCGGAAGGCUGGGGUGCCCUGACAAAUAAAGGGAAAAUGGAGAUGUUUACACUUGGAAAAUUCUUACGGCAACGAUACAAUGGGUUUCUGAGUGAAACGUACUAUCCGCAGGAAGUCCACGUCAGGAGCAGCGACAACGAUCGCUGUUUAAUGAGUGCGGAAUCUUGCUUGGCAGGCCUGUACCCUCCAAAGGGUGAUCAAGUCUGGAACCCUGAGCUGCUAUGGCAGCCCAUACCAGUCCACGCGACGCCCAGGAAUCUCGAUGCGCUGAUUGUAAUGAAAAAACCAUGCCCCAGAUACGAGAAAGAACUUCAGCAGAUGUAUAAUUCACCAGAAAUACAAAAACUUAAUGAAGAAAACUCUGAGCUGUAUAAAUAUUUGUCUAAACACACAGGAAAAACCAUUCAGAGUAUCCUGGAUGUUGAAUAUCUGUACAAUACUCUGGAAAUUGAGGAAAAACGUAAACUGCAGCUUCCUGCUUGGACUGCUGGUUAUUAUCCAGAUAAAUUAAGGACACUGGCUGCCAGAAGUUUGGCUUUGUUUUCUGAAAGUCAGACGAUGAAACGUCUUAAUGGAGGUCCUUUAGUGAAACACAUUAUAGAAAAAAUGCGGUCACAAAGUAACACUUCAAGAACUGUGUCUCCAAAAUUUCUCAUGUUUUCUGCCCACGAUGUUACCAUUGUGAAUGUCCUCCAAACCAUGGGGUUCACAGAGCUAUUAAAGCCACAGUAUGGUGCAGCAGUUAUCAUUGAACUUCAUUCAACAAAUGACAGUGGUUAUGAAGUUAAGGUAUUGUAUUUGAAUAAUGCUUCUGACAGUGAGCCACAUGUUCUCAACACUCCUGGUUGCACAGACAAGUGUCAUUUGCAGCAGUUUGUAGAUCUGAUGAAACCUGUUUUACCAGAUGACUGGACAGUGGAAUGUCAAAAGCUAGACAGCUAAAUAACAGAUUUUCAGCAAAGUGAUUGUACACUUAUAUUAAUAAUAAAAUAUUUCAUGCCAUAUAUGUGAUUACACUGCCUCAUAAAAUUGUACCAUAUUCAGUGUGUAUCCGAUAAGUGUGAGAUUGCAUUUUGUCACUUUUUUUGUAAAUAAAUUUAAAUUUGUUACAUGUA